CAGGUCCAGACCACGGGCCCAGCCAGUCCGGCCACAACCGAGCAGGUCCAGACCACGGGCCCAGCCAGUCCGGCCACAACCGAGCAGGUCCAGACCACUGGCCCAGCCAGUGCGGCAACACCAGACCCUUCAGCAACCAGUCCAGGAUCACCAUCACCAACACCUUUUGAGCCUUCAUCAGAUCCCACAACAUUGACUCCAACAACAUCAGAGGUCCUUCAAUGCCAAAACGGAGGAACAUUUGAUGGAAGCAAAUGCCUUUGUACCAGUGUGUUCAAUGGAAAGCUUUGCCAGUUCGUGGAGGAAAGUGUGGAGUUAGAGAACAUUGAGCAGUUGGUGAAAAUUCAAGUGGUAAUCGACCAGGAAUAUAAUCCCAAUUACGACAACUUGAGCUCGACGGAGUUCUUAGACUUUGUUAAAGACUUUGAGGAUAAGAUGGAAGAACUUUACAGAAGCUCUAAUCUACCAAACUUUGAGAGAGUAGUGGUAACCAAAGUGAGCCCGGCGGCUUUGCCAGGUUUGGUGAGACGUUCGUCCUCUGGAGUGGACCAGCGCAGACCAGCUGUUGAUGCCAUGACCGCCGGCAGAGUCACACAAAGACCACAAGGCAUCAACGUCAGCCACGAUGUGGUUUUGAUUAUUCCAAACAACGGCGACUUUGAGAGCCAAUAUGAGACGCAAGUGAAUGCUGUCAAUGGGACUUUGGCAAAUCUUGUUACGUGCACAACAGAUUGUCCCUUCAAUGUGACAACGCAACCGACUGUGGUUGGGACUCAAGUGGAUCCGAAAACCUUUUGUAUGUCAUACGUGAAGGAUCCGGACCUGGCCCGGCACUACAGGGCGGUGAACCACAACAAUUCCCUGGUGUGCGUCACUCGAUGCCACGCCAACUAUGACCUCGACAAGCUCACCUGUUACAACGGUGGCGCGUGCAGGGUUUUAAAGGAUGUCGGCGCCGUUUGCGAAUGUAAGGCUUUGGACGCCACGUGGUACUUAGGCUCUGACUGUGGGCUGCCUAUCAAACGAGUGGCCUUCUACGCCGGUUUGGUGGUCACUCUGGCUUGCCUCGUGGCCACCGUGUCAGGCUUGAUCGCAUACGUGAUCAUCAACAGAAAAGAGCAAAUGAGGAAAAAAGACGUGAAAAAGAAGCUGGUGAACAAAUGGCUGAACGACGAAUUUGAGUGGUCCCGAUCUGAUAAACGUUCGACAGGCACGUUAGAUGCCGGACACCUGAACCCGUCGUUCCGCUACGACGCACCACUGCGGUCGCCGCAUACUCGCCAGCACACCGACUACAGACAGUCGGGCCGGUCCAGCCCGGCCGUGAGCAUGUACAGGCUGGACGGAGCGGCCCGCGGGUAUGACGCCUCGAUUCAGCACAACGGAUUUCCCCCCUCCGAUCAGGUGCAGAUGAGGAUCCACAGGCCGCAGAUCAGGUCGUCCUGGGACGUAUGACCGCCACCGGCGUCCUGUCAAUAACAAGCACCUUAACGAGCCAUCGGGAGCAACAAGGCUUUUCAUCUUCGGCAGUUAAUUUAUUGGAUCGCUUUUCUUAUAAUGUCAUGAGAAAUUGAUUGUCUUUAAAUUCUAUUGUAUUUACACAUCGCGUGUUAUUUUGUUUAAAUUAACCAACCGUUCGUAUGCACCAAUCAAUGUUUGGCAUUCUUUGCUGCAUUAAACACGAUUGCAAUUAUGAA